AUGAUUCAGCUACUGAAAGCUCUACUUACUUUUCUUGAAAACAAUAAGGAAGAACUUGAAAAAUUAAAAACAACUCGUGGAGUAGGGUCUAAACCUAAUGAAUCAAUUCUUCACACAGAUAGUGAAAGUACUUCUAGUAAUUCAAAAAUGCCUCUUGAACUCCAUGGUAUAUCAAUGAUUUGUUUUUUAGCUUCAUGGAGUACUAUUAUUUGUUUCUCUUCAUCUGAAGAAGAGGAAGAAAAAUCAUUUAUUUUAGAGCGUUUGGCAAGCAAGGAAAUGCAUAAUAAAAGAAGUACUUAUUUAGGUUUUCCAGAGUUUAAUUCUACCAAUAACCCCAGUAGAUUUUCUAGUGGUAGCACAAAUUCUAAUCCUUCAGAUUAUGAAUCAUAUGGUGCACUUGAUGAAACAUCAUCACAAACAUAUAAUAAAGCUUCCCAAUUACUCAGACAUGUUACAAUCAAACAAUUAGAUCAAGCCGAAGUAAGUGAUGAUAAUAGUGUAAUUAAAGUAGAUGGACAUGAAAUUGGAUAUAUUACAUUUAUAGCAGUGAUUACUAGUGUUUCCUCUCGUCUUUCUAACACUGAAUACAUAAUGGAGGACGGUACUGGACUGAUUUCUGUGAAGAUUUGGCAAGAUAGUGCUGAUGAAGCGAAUGCAAAAAAUGAUGACAUUAAGGAAAAUGCAUAUGUUACUGUAUUUGGAAAUCUAAAAGCUCUUAACAAGGAUCGAUAUGUGUUAGCUUCAAGAAUAAGACCUGUUACUGAUUUCAAUGAAAUCAGUUCUUAUAUUGGUCGUGUUGUCUUUGACCAUUUGUACUUUACAAAAAAUGUGGGACCUCGCACACUCCUGAAAGAAAAUUAUAAUCAAGGAACUAAUAAUUUUGGUACAAUUUCAAGUUAUCAACCAGAAUCUAGAUCUAGUAAUAUUAAUACACUGAACUUAAAGAAUCCAUUAUACAAAGACAUAAUUGCUUUUGUUACUAACAAUAAGAAUGAUGCUGGAACUAAUAUUAAUCAAAUGGCAAAUGCUUUAUCAAACAAACAUGGAUCUGAUAUGAUUGUUGUAAAUGCUGUUGAACAAAUGUGUUCAGAUGGAUUGCUUUAUAGUACUGUUGAUGAAUUUCAUGUUAAACUUACAACUGAAUGA